GUGUCAUGUAUAUAGCUUUGUGCAUCUUUGCUGUGUAAUGACCCCUUGUUUCUUCCUUUUUGGUGCUUCAAGCCAUCCCUAUAUCCCCCUUCAUUUUGAAGAAAUGAUUUUUCCACUUGUUAAAGAGGCCCAGAAGGGCAGCAAGAGCUGGCAAGUAGCUAUCUAGCUACAGAGAUUUUUCAUGAUUCCUUAUGAGUUGAUCAAAGUAAGGGAUCUAAUUAUAUCAGGACGUAAAGUUGCAUUACUCUAUCCAUCCCUUACACUUCACACUCUCACCUCCCAAAUGGUGCCAGAGAACACCAUUGGAUUUGGAACCCCACUAUAUAUUUGGUAUGUCCCAAAAUAGAAAUCGUCAUCUCCAACUUCUCCCGUUGUGAAAGACCCACGUGGACAGUUGUUCCAGUUGUUGUCACGACUGGCCCCGUGGCCCCGCAUACAGAAGUUGAAACGGUUUUCACACUGACCACCAAAGAAGCCAUCACAGCUACUGUCAUCUGAUAGCCUGCUGUCACUGUUCCGGUAGCGAUGAGCUCUCACUCGGAGCUGAUAGGCCGAUUCCACAGUUUGAAACUGAAGAAAAGUGACCGUCACUAGUAGGAUUGCAGUCUGCGUGCACCUCCAGUCUCGCAUGAUCAAAUUUAGGCGAAGUGAAUAGCACAGAUCUCUACAACCGUUAGAUCUCCGCAACAUAAUUGGCGAGCAAAGCGAGCCUAUAAAUAGUCGUCUAAAGAGGGACUAUCCCGUCAACCAUACUGUAGUGCAGUGCGUGUCGCGCUGCGUGCAAAGCAGAAAACGCGGGAGAUCGAUCUUUGCGCAUGCGUGCUCGCCGGGAGCUAGCUAGAGGGUGUGGCUAAUCGGCGGAGAGGCUCAAGUCAUGGCUUCUUCACAAGUUCCACAGAGGGUCAGGGACAUUCUGAGUGGAGUGGUUGCUGGAAAUAGAGCAAAAUUAGCAGAGGCCAUCACAUUAGUAUUCCCCCACGAAAACAUUCACCUCACCUCCCUCUCUCCAGUGGAGUCCAAACACCCCACUAAGCACCGGCAGGCCCAGUGGCUGUUGGCAGAGGUUCUCUCUCGUCGGAGGAGACAUCUGCUGGGCCAGCUGAGACCUCCCUUCAGACUCGGGGUGUCUGGUCCUCCCGGAGCUGGCAAGUCCUCCUUCAUUGAGAGACUCGGCCAGCUGCUGACUGGACGAGGACUCUGGGUGGCCGUGCUGGCAGUGGAUCCAUCAUCACUACGUACGGGAGGCUCGAUCCUGGCAGACAAGACGCGGAUGCCUCAUCUGUCGAGGGACCCCCAGGCCUACAUCAGACCCUCCCCCACAGGAGGCAAUCUGGGUGGAGUGACUCGCAGCACCAGUGAGGCCAUCACUCUCUGUGAGGGAGCAGGAUAUGAUGUGGUGGUGGUGGAGACAGUGGGUGUGGGGCAGUCAGAGACAGAAGUCAGCAAGAUGACUGACAUGUUCCUUCUCCUCCUCCCUCCUGCAGCCGGAGAUGAACUACAGGGCAUGAAGAGAGGGAUAAUGGAGCUGGCGGACCUGGUGGUGGUCAACAAGGCAGACGGAGACCUCCUGCCGGCAGCCCGGAGACUGACUGCAGACUACACCAGUGCCCUCAAACUGCUCAACACCAGCAGGAAGGACAAACUAUGGACACCCAGGGUCCUGAUGGCAUCAGCUGCUGAGAACACUGGCAUCCAGGAGACCUGGGACACAGUCGAGCUGUUUCGGACUACAAUGGAGUCAGCGGGGGAGCUGGAUAAGGUGCAGAGUAUCCAGAGGAAGAGCUGGCUGUGGAGUCACGUGGACCACCAGCUGAUGGCCAGGUUCAGGGACUGGCCUGGCAUGGCCGCUCUCGCUGCCUCUGUGGAGGAGAAGGUGGCAGAGGGAGCCAUGGCUCCAGGGACAGCCGCCGACCUCCUCCUGGACCACUUCUUUGACUCCACACACAGACAGUAGAGCUCCAUUAUCUAAUAUUUCAUGAGGUUGUAUUUCAUGCUAGUGUGGGUGGAAAACACAGGGCACUGAAACGUCAAUAUAGCCUGGGGGCUUACUUAUUAUACAUUGCCUGUCAAGACAUACUAAUCAAGAGCUCUGAUUUCCCCCAUUUUUCCAGGAGACCUCCCAAUUUUCAAUGUUUUUAUCCUAUAUCUUCCAGACAUGAUAAUAAU